UGACAUUGGUAGUGCUAGUGCCUGGAGCGUAGGUAUUGAACUUCCUCCAGUACCAGUCUGUCACUGUCACAUAAUUUCGGAAAAAGAAAAUAUAAUUUUCUAACAUCUAAAUGUUUCAAAUUCAAACAUUUAAAUCUGAAUGAAUAACAGAGACCUUCGCAAUUUAUGACUAUGCUUUCCAAAUUGUUAUCCAUUCGGAGCAUAGCUGCACCUAUAAAUGUAUUUUACAAACAAAUAAACUUUCCCGUGAAUGUGAUACAUAACCUAACAAAUUUUAGUACUACUUCGGUUAAAUCCGUUAAUUUCUUUAAUAAAUUACCUGCUGAGAAGUUGUGGAAGUCUGUGACAUCAGUAAGUAAUGCAGGUGCUAAAAAAGGUCGUGGUAAAGGUGCGGGCCGUAUAAGAAUUAGAGACCUAAAUCGUGGACAAGUCAUUGGUAUUGGAAAGAUCAAUAUGUUGUGGCCAGGUUUGUCUGCACCUGUUAUAAGGGGUAGAGAAUUGUUAAAACAACAGCGUCUACCUGAUGACCCAGAAAGGAUGGAAAAGUUGAUCAAGUUGCGGGAUUCUAUGACGAAGUUUCGAAGACUGAGGUUAAGCCCUAUUGAAAGGGGUUGGUCUGGUGCCCGUAUGCCUGGUCGUAGCAUAGGGCCACCAGAUCCAAUAGGAGAAGAUGAGUUCACUGGAUUUGAUACAAAAGUUCUUCAAUUGAGAUCAUUGCUCAUUAUGAAAGGAAACCUUGGACGUACCAGAAAUUAUCAGGCAAUGGUAGUAACUGGAAAUGGACAAGGUCUUGCUGGAUUUGGCUUAGGGAGAGCUAAAGAAGCAAGUGCUGCAUUAAGAAAAGCAAAAAAUAGAGCUGGACAAAAAUUAAUGCAUUUUGAAACUUACAAUGGACAUACAGUUUUCCAUGACUUCUAUACUGCUUUUGGUAAAACCAAAAUAUUUGUUCAAAAGAAAAAUGAAGGCUAUGGACUAAAAUGUCACAGAGCCAUCAAGGAAAUAUGUCAGGCUAUAGGCAUUAAGGAUUUAAGAGCAAAGUUAGAAGGCUCCAACAAUUUACAGCAUAUUGUCAAAGCUUUCUUUAUUGGUCUAUUGCAACAGAGAACUCACCAGCAGCUUGCUGAAGAGAAGAAGCUUCAUUUGGUAGAAUACAAAGCAGAAAAUGCAUAUUACCCUAAGGUAGUGGCCAGCCCAAGUACUGUAAGGACUCAGGAUGAAAUACUCAAAGAUGAAACCCUUGAUUUUGUUCAAUAUGUAAUGAAUGAUAGAGUUAUUUUGAAGAAGAAGAGAUUCCCGCGAUUUUAUGAAACAAUGCCUCAUUAUAAAAUUUUCUUGAAGAAAUUUGAAAGAUAUAGGAAUCAUGAGAAAAUACGUCUUAUGUUGAAAACAGAGUAUGGUGCAGUAAAAAGUUUUCUCAAUGAUAGAUACCCUGAAGAAAAAACAGAAAGUGAAGCUUAGUUGAUUUACCUAUUUGAUG